CAAUUUUGGGUUAAUUUAUGUAAAGCUGGAUUUUUGAAUCCUCAAGAUGAUAAUUGCGCCUUCAAGAGUCUUGAAGAGGAAUAUCUGCUUAACGAACAACUAAAAAAUUUCAGUAAUUUAGCAUGUGAAAGGCGAAUAAAGCUUAUUAAUAAGACUUUUAAAGCAGCAGCAGCUAUGGAUAAAAAAAAUAUGACUAAAAAAGAGCUUUUAGCAAUUAUUAAUUCAUUGCUAAAUUCUAUUAAUACUUCAGAUCGUCCAAGCUAUCGUAGGUUGCCGCAAAAAACUAAUACUGAGUUGCUAGAAAUUUUACAAAGUAUUAGAGAUUUGCAUAAUAAUCAAAAUGAACUCGAAAAUGAAAUAGAAUCAGAAAAUUAA